UGUCAGUCAUUCAUUAUGUCAAAAGAACCAACUCCUUAAGAACCCUUUCAAUAUAUAAAUCUCGAUUCAUAAUAAUCACAUCAAAUAAUCAAUAUAGAAUUAUCAAUUAAUUGAGGAAGCUAUAUUCUGAGUGUCGUGCUCGACGGGCUAUCAGACUAGUGUAAUAUGUAAACAACAAUUUUUAUCAAAUUCUCAAAAUUAUUUAAAUUAAUAAAAUUAUCUGUGUUUAAUGCAUUUAAAACCUGAUUAAGAAGACCAAUAAACUAUAUUACUUACAGUAGUGUAAAUAUAACUAAGUGACACAACAUGAUUCCAACAAAUAAGCUCAAAAAAUUAGUCUUAGAAUGUAUUAUUAGACUGAUGGAUUCUGUGACUACACAAGAUAUAUGGGAUGGUUGUGCAAAUGAGAUAUUUCAAACGACAGAACAACGCUUAAAUUCACUUCAAGUUAAAGAAAUAUUCUAUAAGGAAAUUCUGCCGGAUCUUUCAUACAAUAACUUUGGAAACGACAAUAAAACAGUUGAAAAACUGAAAAACUUAAGUAAGAAAAUAAUCAUUAAUCCACAUCAGUUUGAUUCUAAAGACGAAAAUCUUACAGAGUGGACUCUGAAUAACAACGAUUCUAAUGAUGGAGCUAGUUCAAUUAAUUGGAUAGAGGUUGAUAGAGCUCUAGAUGAACCAGAUAAUACAGUGGAAAUGAAAAUGGCAUGUCUACAUUCGGAAAAUUUAGAUGAAAACACAGAAGAGCAAAGCAUAUUGACAGAUAACGAGAAUGAUGGAGAUAACAGUAUCAAUGAAUUAUUAGUAAAGUAUGAUAUUCCAGGACAGGUUCGAGCUGUCCAAGAUCCAUUUAUAUCUCAAGAAAGUGAGCAAAUAUUUUCUUUUCGAGAAAGUCAGCUUAUCAAUGUUUUUGGCGCUGUUGAAAGUGAUCCACUUGCUAUGAAGUCCAAUGAAGAAAUUCCAAAGGAAGGGAAUAGCUACGAUUCAUAUGAUUCCUUAUGUGAUGGAGGACGGUUAUUAGAUUAUACUGAAGUGUCUAAUCAUAUAAAAACAUCAGUGGCUUGUGUUUCCUUUGAAAGUACAGAACAUUUACUAAAACGAAAAUACAGUAGCUUGACAAAUGUCAAUUUGACAACAGAUUUUGAUCAAGACAAUACAGAAGUUUCUUUAACAAAACGAAGAAGAUCUAAUUCAUUGCAGGCAUUUCAAUUUUCACUACUUUCUGAUUCUGGAGAAUCCGUUGAGUUAGCAUCAAUAGUGCAGCGACUUGAUGAGAGUUCACAUGAGAACAAUGAAAAUGUGAUGGCUGAUUCUAGUAAUAAAUCGCAAGACAAUAAUAACUUUAGCAAGGAGACAUCAAAUAUAGACAACAAUGAAAAUAAAAAGUCAACAGAUGAGAUUGUGGCUAAAAUACAAAUGAGAAUCAAUAAUGCGGUGAAAAAUGGUGAAGAAAUAUUAACAAUAUUAUUAGAAAAUGAGGAGUAUAUAUCAAUGCUCGAAAUACCAUCUUUUUUGCCUAAAUCCCCUAUUAAUGAUGAGCCUCGAAAUAGAGAAGAAAAGAAAAAUGACAGCCAAAAAAGUAUUGAAAACACUGAAAGUAUCUCACAACCAAAAGUUAAGCCUGCAAGAACAAAAUAUGCCCGAGCUUUACAAAUCUACGGUCCAAAACUAACGUAUGAAAGUUCUCAAGGCUCUGAUCCCACAAAUACAGAAGAAACUUUAAAUCCUUUACUGCUGAAUGAUACCGUUUUGUCAGGUUCACACAAAGAUUGCAUUGGGGAAGUUAAAGAAAUAACAUUAAUUUCUUCGUCGCAAUCAUUAUCAUCUUCACAUGGAUCUCAAUCAUCAAAAUCUCGUGGAUUACAAUUUUCUAAAUCUGGGUCUCAAUUAUCAACCUGCUGCAUAUCUCAAUCUCAAAAUAAUUCAGCUCAAUUACAACAAUCUCCAGAAAAAACAGAAUUAUGUUCAAAAGGACAUGAGGAUGAAGUUAUCAAAAAUAUUCAGGCAUUACUCGAUGCGGCAAAAAGUUCUGAAGAAAUUAACAGAAUUAUCGAUGAAAAUUAUGAAUUUUGUGACUACUUAGUAAUUCCUUUUCAUGAACCGGAUGACAAUAUUUCACAAAUAACGAGCCAUGAACCAAAUGAAAAGGCUGCAAAAUCAAAAGAUGAAAUAAUUGCAGAAAUUCAAAAACAGCUUGACGCUGCACUUGAUCAAAACACAAUUGAAAAAAUUUUGGAUGAGAAUGAAGAAUAUUCAGAAUACUUAACAGUCCCAUUUUUCAUGCCACCUUUAAGUCACGAAGCACAGCCAAUUCCAAAAAAUUGUACCAAAAAAGUUAUGCAAAAAACACGAAAUGAAGGAAAGCAAGUUAAGACUGAAAACAAUAUUCCAGAAACUGAUAAUUUGGAAAGAAGUUCAUCGCGAACAGAACUGUCAUUUCUUUUAAUGCAGAAUGUGAACAUUAAAAAAAGAAGAGCAGUUUCGCAACCAAAAAAGCUCGAAGAAAAUCUUAUUAUUGAUCUUGUUGAUGAUUCUGAUUAAUUUUUAUAAUAAAGAUUAAUGUUUUAAAACUAUUUUAAAAUCAGUGCAUUAUAGUCAGUCUGUAAUUGGACCUUAUAUCAAUGCAGCAUAGGUACGGAAAAUAUGCGUAUUGAUUAAGUGUCUAAAUUCUUAAGGUAU